GUCGGUGGGUUUGUCUUGGCCAAGGCUGGACAUUCCGUGCGCCGCAGACGGAGAUGGAAAACACAGACAGUGGAAGAGGAGCAUCUGCACAAAAGUGGCAGUAGCAGUGGCAGUCCCCUGCCUGUGCUUCUCGGUCCUCUACUGUGUAUACUACGUACUCCGUAGCUUCCUGGUUCCAAGCUCCCUCUCUGUCCCCACCUCACCGGGCUGCGGCUGCAUCUUGAGUUCUUGGGUGAGGAUACCUUGUUCUAGGUACCUUACGUAAGGCUCGGAAACGGUAGCAGUGACGGUACUGCGUAAGGUGAGGUGAGGUAGACGGCGCCACAGUCUGCAGCACGACGCACCACAACUGCACCACGACCUCAUCCCCCUCUCCACCGUGUCACUCCCCCGCCAUCGUCCUAUGCAAUCCAUCAAAUGGGAGCUGCAUCAGGCCACUUCUGGUCUGCCCUGUCUUGCAAUUUCUACUUGCCCAUCCAUCAUCUCAUUGCUCAUCAGUUCUGCUUGCUUGCAGUGACGUCCUCCGAGAUGUUCAUCCGCUGUUCCAGUGUUCCUUAAUCCUUACUUAAUACCUUGUUCCCAAGUUUCCAAGCCUCCGUACCUACCCCGUUGCUCAGACUCUGACGAUCUAUACCUCCGUUGCUCCCUUGCAUAACCCGUCCCUUCUCUGCCGCGUGAUCAGCUUCCGAGACUCCAAUUCCUGUCCCCUCUUUACUUUAGUCAAUGUUACUUGUAUAACACCCCUUUCUGUCUUUCUCUUCGUCGACAGUCUUUCUUUCUCCAAGUCUACAGUUUCUUUUGCAGUCUAUUGCUGCCAUCAUCAGCCACGCCUUUCCAACGGUCAGAGACAAAGACGUCGUCUCCCGUUUACACGCAGAGAAAGCAGACCAUCAUACCAACCCAACCAACCACCUUGCCCUUUCCAGUCUCAGUACCUAACACCAGCUCUUCUAAUUACCCCAAUUGGACCGCGUCUCUUUGUUCAACCGUUGUAAAAGCCGUUGUGUCUCACCAGCAAACCCUAGGUUUCCCCUCCGCAAAGCAGUGCCGAGUCCCGUUCCUCUCGAUCGCCGCCCCCUCUCAACCCCAAUAAGCCACUGCCUUCCCCGCCUCCCUUCGCCUUCGACAGCGCCGACCAGAAAACCAAUGGCCCUCCCGCCAAACCAGUUCUGAAACUGACGAAAAUCAUGGCAACCCUCAGCGACGACGACGUUGAGAAGCUCUUCUCUGGAGCUCCUCAGUACUUUGCUCGCUCCGAGGGCCAUUACACCGGCGCUCCCCACCCAUCUGUCGCCUUUCCCUGGGACGAGUCGCUCGAGAUCCGCGACCUGACCGACCAUGUCCAGAUCGAGGACGCCGCCUGGAGCUGCAUCACAGCCUGGCCUCAUAUCACGAGGGACAUGAACUCCAAUCCUGCUGCUAUACGAUGCGCCAAGGAAAGGAAGCGAGCCCAUUUCUACCCCCGAUGCCGAGAACGGCCUAAUAUGCUCAGUAUGCAAGGCUUGGAGAAGGGCACAAUGGGAUACCAGGCGGCUCUGGAAAUGCCCGUUGGUGAUGCGCUUCAGGAAGAGCAAUUUGGCUUCGACAGCAUCGGAUCCAAGGCCAAAGCAAUCGUCGAACAGCGCCAGAGAAUGUUGGCUUCCAAAGACGGACUUCGCCGUUUGGAGGAAUCGUCCAUUUUGGAUCAGCUCAUUAAGAAUGGCGCCAGGUACAAGGAGAACAAGGUCCACAGAAAGAUCCACAACACCCUGUAUAACGAGCUAUUCUUGGGCAUCCUGCAUCCGCCAACCCGUGUCAUUGACCACCAUGACCCCUACAGUCUCUCUGUCCAGAUUUCGGCGCUCGUCAAGGUCCUUGCUGCACCCAAUGUUUGGAUCGACUUCUCCCACGUGGAAUGGAGAAUCAGACUGGGUCAGAUCCUCUGGGGUUCCUUCGAGGGCGAUGAGCUCGAAACAGAUGUCGAGAUCGACGACGCCGACAGCAACGAGGAGCGCAAAGAGGAGAGGUACUGGCUGUUGCUUCAGAUUCUUCUGGCGUGCGAGCUGCUCAUUAGGCUAGAUGCCAUCACAGAGGGCGAAGAGCUCGGUAUCGAGAGCAUUAGACCCACCGAGAUUAAGCGCUUUGAAAAGGAUGCAAACUCAACAGUCAAGUGGUCAUUGCACUUGGCACGCGCUUGGCUAGAGAACAUUGAGAUCAUUGAGCGAAAGGUCGAUCCGGCGAACACUCAGAAGCGCAACUCUGGUGGAUGGCUGGCAUCUUUGACUGGGAAGAUGAGCCUUCACCCAAAUAACCAUGCUCAUUCUCACGGCGACGUCUCCGUGUACACCAUUCAGGGACGGUACAGCGAGAGACAAGUCAAUGGCUUGACGAAUUUUGCAAGAAAGCUUCGCUGGCCCGAUAUCGAAUCAGACACAUACGCCGAGCAGAUUUCUGAGACAGUCAACAAGGUAUCAGAAGCAACGCCGAUUCACACGCCUGCGGAGACACCAAUGAGCAUUGACACAAAGAGAUCAUCCUAUUUCGGUGGCGGUCGGACAGAAGCGAGCGUUACUCGACACCCGUCCGGGAAGCACAAGAUCUCGGCAGCUUUGCACCCGUCGGGAUGGUUAUCCAAAUCUUACGUGUCCGGCCUCAUGCUUCCAGGCGAAGGACUGUACCACUUGAUCAUGACCACUCUCUUGGAGAACGACAAGGAGGCAAUGUCCAAAUUGGGCCCGAUGGCAAAUCUGUGCGGUGGUUUCGUGUAUCGUGGAAAGAGUUUCUGGAGCACGGCUUGCAUCAUUGGCCGCGUUCUUGCUGCUGGUGCUGGCUCUGCUCAGUGUAUGGGAUGGAUCUCGAGCGAUAUCACUCCCCAAGGACAUGGUGACGGCUGGGUCAAUAUUGACGUUGCCGAAGUCUGUGAUGACAUGAAAAAGACAGGCAAGCAAGCCCGGUUGUGGGGUAAGACUCACGUCGAGCGCGAGUCUUGUGUUCUGGGUGAUGCGGAUCCCAGCUCGGUACUCCCCGCGGAUUUCAUCAUCCCUUAUGAGAAUAACUAUUCGGAGCCGCCUCCCAGCCUGAGCAUUUCCUUGACGUCGCUCAAUCUCUCUGCGCCCGUGGACUCAACCCGCACCACUCCGACUGAGGAGACGGUGAUGACCCCCUUCUCGGACGUGACCCGAGCACACGAACUCUACACAUAUCCCGCCUCCAUCUCCUUUUCUGUCGGCCCCAACGGCGGCGAAGCAAAGGAGCACCAGUUUUCACUGAUGAAGGACAUCCAUUUUGUUACGGCUCAUCCUUGCCACCCGUCUUCCCACGUCAGGGUCUUAAGGUCCCCUUCAAGCCCCACCAUCCAGCAGAUCGACGUGGACGGCAGCGGCAUCGGCGGUGUGAGCUCUAAGCCGGCCACCAUCACGGGACAUCCCCUGCACAAAUUCUUCACAUAUACCGUCAUCCACCUUUCAGAGCUUCUUGAGAAGCCAGACGCCUCCCUGGAUACUUUACUCCUCAACACGUCAUCUGUCCGACGUCCAUCUCUCACUCCCACCAUGAACACCACACCUCGCGUUCUGGUCAUUGACUGUAUCACCGGCUUCAAGCGUCAGGCCCCGACGCAAGAGACCCCCACGUCUCCCAUCCUCGAACGUACCGCCAACGGUGCCAGCCUUGCGACGACCAACAUGCACCUUGAGUCCCGGCGUCGCCAGUUUGGGAGUGACAUGGAGGUCCUGGUGAGAGCGUUCUGCGCAGAGAAGGGCUGGAAUGCCAUCAUCUCGAGACGCCGGCGGGGUUGCCUUGCAUGCGCCAUCAGAGAGGCCGGCGCUCUGGCUUGGAAGGUCAUCAUCCGCGUUGACUAGACGCUUUUUUCUUUCUUUCUACUUUGUCUUGAGACCGUUCAACCUUUUCUUGUGUGUACAUAAUUGGGGACGAUUGACGGAGAUCAAGUCAUCAUUUCUGGCGUCGGGCCUAUGUUUUUGAUAAGGGAUACCAGGGGUACACACGCACACGUGCACACACGAGAGGCAUGCAUAGCGUUUGAUUUUGUUCGCGGGAACGACUGAGAAGGGGGAAAAGAGAAAGAGAUGGACUACCUAGGGUGCCUGCAUUGUUACGUCUGCGAGCUGUAGUGCUAGAUACCCCCAAACCCUGAUAUAAUACGCUGUAAUGAUGCAUCCGCCCCUCCACAGCCCGUUUGCUAUUAUGUGGCUUGAUUCUCAAGCUUCGCAGUUUUGAAGUGCGCGCAUAUAGUGUGCAUGCAUGAUGAUUCAGCUUCAGUAGUCUGCGUAUCUCGCGUAACUACCGCAAGUACUUCAAGAACCAAAUUCUCGUCCAAAUGACGUUGCCGAUUUGGGCAAAACUGGCAUGUAACUACUUAUCAAGUAACCGACCCAAAAAUGCAUGACAAACUAGCAAGCCCCUUUGAGGCCUUUGGGGUCUGGCCUUGUAAAUGGUAUCAUACCAAAAAGAAAAAAGGAUUGGAUCCCUCCCGUACGCAAAACAUCAACUACCUGAUCAAUGCAGGCGUCAUCCUACUCAACACACAUUCAAAGGUCCUUGCCGUCAAACCAGCUGUUGACGCUCCACUCCUUCCAGCCGCGCUUCUCACCGGGGAGCUCGAUGGACUCGUACUCCUCCUUGGUGACCUUUUGCCAUUCCUCGAGGGGGAUCCAGCCAAUGUAGGCGCGGUCACCGAAGCCGCCGAUCCAGUAGACGGAUGUGACGACGAAGCGAACCCACUCUGAUUCGUGGACGGGGCUGCCGGGAAGCCAGUACUUGGAGUCCGGGUGCUUGUUCACGAAGCAGUGGGCGAGCUUGAGGGAGGAGACGGGGUCGACGGGGAUCUUCUCGAGGUAGCCGAGGAGAGAGAAGCGGGGGAGGUUGGCGGCGGAGUAGGGGACCGUGUCGGGAAGGCCGGUGGCCGCCGCGUCGGCGUCGGAGGAGGAGCCAAAGAUUCUGUUCUUGAGCGAGGAGAAGAGGGAGAUGCGCUUCGCGGGCGGGAAGGGCGGGACCCAGUGCAUGGAGAGGGAGAUGUUGGAGCCGGCGCGGACGUUCUUGAAGGACGUGGCGAUGGUAAUGGCCAGGAUGGUGGGGUUGCCCUCGUCCUCGCAGUCGGCGACGUAGUCCAUGAGACCGAUGGGCAUGCCGGAGAGGUCACCGCCCGAGGCGGAGUGGGCGCCUGCCGGGAAGACGGUCGCGAGCUCGGCAAGCUUGGUCACGGCGAGAAUGCGGCGGCCCAUGACUGCGGACUCAUAUGAGGUCGGGAUGCGGUUUGCGUCGGCACCGCCCUCGGGGUUGGAGAGGAGGUGCUGCGGCAUGCCUGGCUCGAGGACAGCGGUGGCGGCGGAGGCGGCUAGGCCGGCGAGGAUGGCGGAUGUCUUCAUCUUGUUCUCAGGUUGGACAAGACCGAGAAGGAGAGGUAUGGGACUGGUUUAACGGUAGGCGGGAGAGAGGGUGUAGUAGGAGGAGGAUCUGUCGGGAACGGGCGUGUGCGAGGUUUUGUAGCAAAGUCCUCACUUGAGGUGCGUGUAUGUGUGUGUGUGUGAUCGGUCGGUCGGUCGGUCGGAAAGGGUGGGAUGGAUCGGAUCGUACGAGCUGCUCGUGGUGUGAGGCGGUCUCGGAAGGGUUAGGACGUAGGGCCAAGAUAUUUGGGAGGGAACUAUUGAGCGCGAGUACGGCGGGGACGAUGUCUUCUUCGGGGAGGAUUCUUCGGCGUUGGGGGAUGGAUUGAAGAACAAAGAGGAUGGAAUGGAUCCGCCUGGGCAAACACGAGUUACCAACAACGUUGGUAACAGUCAGAAGAACGAGUCGGGUUUCGUAACGGGCGAGGACGGGGAGGUCGGUCUGCAACGGUGGUGGGCUGGGGUCAGUCAGAAGGUUAGGUUACCUCAAGUUGGGUUUAGCUGGGCAACUCCGCAAGAGAGGAGAUGGGCGC